CGGAAGGGUCAGCCCUAUGAGAUCAUGUGACAACUGUCUGCUUGUGACGCCAAAUGCCUGGGAAGGGGACGGCGGCCAACUAUCCAUAACAUAACAACCGCAUUUGCGAAGUAGAACUCUGCCUCAUUCAGGACCGUUUCCAAGACCGUCAACCAUGAAGAAUAUGUUCCGAGAUUCACGGGUAUCAUGAAGAGAACCCUUCUUUUGGUAUUUAUCCACGGUUUCAAGGGCGGAGAGGAUACAUUUGGAAGCUUCCCUGAUCAUCUGCGCGCCUUAGUCAACCAUGCGCUGCCGAAUAUAGAGGUCACCGUAGCGGUGUACCCGAAGUUUGAGACGAAGGGGGAUUUAAACGGGUGUGUGGCUAGAUUUCGAGAAUGGCUCCAAAACACGGUUAUAGACAUAGAAGUCGCAAAUGAAGCACCGUCUCCCACUGUCGACCCGUCUGUACAUGUCUUUUUAGUUGGACAUUCGAUGGGUGGGAUUGUUGGCGCAGAGACUUUGCUCCUUCUAGCGUCAGAACAACUCUUACCCACUCCGUCAAAUAUUUCACCCUCGAAGAGGUCAGGGGCGGAGGGCAAGCCUGUAGAAGCCAACGCUUUUAUGUUUCCUCACAUCCAAGGAUUGCUUGCAUUCGAUACCCCGUUCCUUGGUAUCGCGCCAGGAGUUGUCUCAUACACAGCUGAAAAUCAUUAUAGAACGGCCACUGCUGCGUACGGAGCGAUUUCAGAGGUAGCUGGUGUAUUUGGAUGGGGAGCUGCGAAGAAAAGUGAAAAUAUGGCUAGAAGCACACCUGUAGCCGACGGAAAUAGUCGAUCCGGCGCAUCCGCUCUUCCUCCAGCUACGAGUACAUCUAGCAUGACUUCCUCCACAGAUGAUGCUGCUGCCACGCCGUCCUGGCAACGCUGGGGACGCUACGCGAUGUAUGCGGGAGCUGCAGGCGCAGUUGCAGCCGGUGGAGCAGCUGCUUUAUAUUCUCAGCGCAAUAAAUUUUUAGAAGGCUGGAGCUGGGCUACCUCACACUUAGAGUUUGUUGGGUGUCUCGCACGGCCUGAAGAACUACGACGGCGCGUAUCGGCGACCGCAAGACUGCAGCAGGAACGAGGGAUCGGCUGUGCAGAUUUUUACACAUGUUUAGGGGAGGGGGCAGUCGCCGUCCCAGCUAGCAGCAGCAGCAACACUUCUUCCACAGCUUCCUAUCUCAGUCGGUAUAUAUUGCGCUCGAAGAUGCGAACAUUCUGCAACCUCCCGGCUGAUGUUGAUGAGGGCGAAAAUAAAGGUGACAUCAAGGCAAAAUAUAGCGAUAUGUCGGGGAUCAAGUGGAUAAAGGCCACGAAUGAUAAAGCAAAUGAUGAAACAAAAGCGCACAUGAGCAUGUUUUCGUCCGUGGAAAAUCCAUCCUUCUAUGAUCUCGCUCAGCAGGCUUGCGAGCUGCUGACUGGAUGGGUCGAUCGAGGGUGGUACUUGAAAGCUACCCGCGCUGGUGGUGGUCGCGGUAGUUCCAGUAACCCAAAAAGCAACAGCCCUGGGUCGAACCGUGGCCAGGAUGAAGGGAAAGAGUUUGUGGAAGGCGAAGAUGAUGUUGUUCUUGUAGAUUAGGACGGAUUUCCGGAGUCCAAAUUUCUUGCUCACUCUUUCCGAAGUUGAAUUUGUUUCAAGCGGGCGUUAUGCUGUAUUUUUAUGCGAGGUGCGAGGAAUACACGAUUGAAUGAUACACUUGAAUAAGGAAAAGGGAAUGAUUGCCAGGGAAGGGUUAUUAUUAUGUUUCUACAGUAGGGUGUUUUACUAUACAUCGGUACUGAUCAAGGCAACGGUCAUGGCUAUGCCUAAUCAGAGUAUCUCGCGUUCUCAACGAAGAAUGAGACAUCUUUUGUGCCAUCUAUGCUCUGAAAUUCCGUAUGCGAUAAAGCAUUUGUUUUAUACAUGAUAUAGGACUAGCUAACUUUCAACAUUUAAAUGCAAACAACUUGGGAAAAUUGCACAUGAUGGCGUCUUCUAAUUCUAGGGACAAUUGAUUCGGAAAUAUAAUGUGGA